AUGAAUGGAUCGCUAAAACAUAUUGCAGUCGAUGUCCUGAGUAAGCUGGGGUGCCAUGUAGUUGUCUCUGAUCUAUAUGCCAUGAAAUUUAAUGCAGCUGCAACCAGAAAUGACAUCACAGGAGACCUCUGUAAUCCACAGCACUUCAGUUAUGGAAUAGAAACAAUGGAAGCUUUUAAGAAAGGUUGUUUAUGUGAGGACAUUCUUAAGGAACAGAAAAAAGUUCAAGAAGCUGAUCUAGUCAUCUUUCAGUUUCCGUUAUAUUGGUUCAGUUUCCCUGCUAUCAUGAAGGGAUGGAUAGAUCGGGUCUUUGUACAAGGGUUUGCCUUUGAUUCAUCAGGCUGUUACGAUACUGGAUUAUUUAAGGAUAAACUAGCGCUGCUCUCAUUUACAACGGGGGGAACUGAACAAAUGUUCAGUAAAGAAGGCAUAAGCGGAGACAUCAGAUACCUUCUUUGGCCUAUCCAACAUGGAAUAAUGCACUUCUGCGGAUUUCAAGUCCUCACUCCUCAAGUAUCUUAUGCACCAGAGUUUGUGAGUGAAGAACACAGAAAAGAAAUGCUCAUUUAUUGGGCUCAAAGACUGGAGAACAUUUGGGAUGAAAAACCUAUUGAUUGCACACCACCUUGGUACUUCCACUAG